CUUUAGCCUGCAUGUGCUCUGUCCGAGUCUCCACUCAUGUGCUUACGUGCUUGCGUGCUGUCCUAACCUAUUAAUCGGUGCUAAGGAUUUUACGCUCCAAGGAGAGUCAUCCCGUGACCAUCGUCCUCCCAAACGCCAGCUCCUAAGUUUCCUGAGCUGGUCUGAGUUGGUUUAAACCCCAGAUUCGCUUUCUUUUGGCUCAAGCAACUGCCGCCGCGUUGCGUGUAGAGACACCCGAGUUUCCUCUCAGACGCUUAGGUUUCGCCGUAGCCUGACCUACGUGCUCGCCUCUUUCCGUGGUUUGCGCACCGUCGCGUCUUUCCCUUACGCCCGUUCCAUCUCCCUCUUAUCACCACUUAUACCAAUGGACCACGCGUACAAUUCCGCGGCUUCCUUUUCCGCCAUGUCCCUCAAAUAGCCCGCAAUAGCACCGUUAGCAGCAGCUAGUUCAACUUUUCCGAGUGCCGGCGACGGUAGGACGGGUCGUUUAGGUUCACGUGUCUCCAGCUAUGGCGUCGCUUUCGAGUCUCCCACUAGGAAGUCCCGUUGCUGCUACCCUCGCACUGUAUUAGUUCUAGAAAUCGCAAGGGCCUCCUCUCUAGACUACCUUAGAACUCGUUCCCACUGAAUCUGAUUGUUUUUUUGCUACUUUCUCCUUCCAUAGAUUUCGCCACGAAUUUCGAUUCUGAUAACCGCAAUCUGAUCUCGCAUGUCUGAACGUCCUUCGUUUUAACGGCCAGGAUGAGCUGCUGCUUAUCGCCUUGCGCUCGCCUCGCCUCGCUUUGUGGAAACGAUGGGUGUGGUGCGUGGCAUGCCGUGAAGUCAGUGGAGGUGGUAGGAGGCGUUAUUGGUGGAAGCGUCCUUCUCGAGUGAGGGCUCAGCGUCUAAGAGAAACACUUUCAACAGCAACUUUUACAGCGUCGAUCAGGAACCCAGCUGGCUGUUUCUGAACCAUCAUGACCUCUUCCUUGAUCGUGUCUUCAUCCCCGUUACAGAAUGCUCCUUUACAGAGCAACGCCACUGUUCGUGUGUCAAUCGAGUCGACAUCAUCAGCUCCAGCUUCAUCAUCAAGCAGCCAGUUCCGCUCCCUGACUUCCGAGUCUUUCGCCCCCCCCAACAAGGUUCGCCGAUUGGACGGUCAUAUCUCGAUUUGCGACAAUCCCAAGGGGACAGGAGGAUCAGAGGAGAAGGAAGGGGUGAAGGGGAAGGGGCCUUGGUUUCGUCACUCAGAUUCCUCCGCGGCUGCUCGCAACCUCAACCGCGCUGAUUCGUCUUAUCUCCUCCCUGAGGCUGAGCCUUGCCACGCUCGAGGGUCCUCUCCGAAGCCCUCUCUCGUCGCUCUUCCCUCAGAGCUUGUCCGCGUUAUAAUCUCCCUCGUUGACGCGCCCAGAGACCGCGGUUGCUGCGCGCUCGUCUGCCGGGCCUGGCGCCAAUGGGAGCGUGCCACGCGUACCCAGCUGCACCUGCGCGGAAGCCUCAGCGAUCUUCCGAGCCUUGGGACGUGCUUCGGCUCGGUGACGGACCUGGACCUGGCUGACGUCCACCCUGAUUGGCCAGGUUCGGAAGAAGAGCUUCGGCAGGUCUUCCGAACGUCGUUCCCGAACCUCCGCCGCAUCCGAGCCAACGUGAGCCCGUCUGGUAUGGAGUACGUGCGUCAGUGCUGGCCGAAGCUGGAGAGCGUUGUGAUUGGCCACUGGGAUGGCCUGGACGAGGGCUUGGAGGCGCGCCACGUCAGCAGCUUGGUGUCCCGCUGCCCUAAAGUCGACUCUAUCGAUCUUUCUUGGAGCAGGCUCUGUGACUUUAACGAGUUGCCGAAGCAGCUAGGUGACUUCAAGCUGGGGAGGAUUCGUGUGCUGAACCUGCUGGGCGGGCCUGCUCCGUUAAGGGAUGACGCGUUAGAGGUGUUUGGGCGAGGUGCUUUCCCGGGUCUCGAGGAGUUGAGCUUCGCGAUGGCGGAUGGCGGCGUCACUGAUGCGGGAAUCUCGAGCAUCGCCCGUGGGUGCCCGGCUCUGCGCGUGCUGCGCAUUGAAGACGUGGCGCACGACCUCAACGACAGUGACGUGGAUGCUGAUGGGGCGGGUGGGGAUGUGGAUGUGGCUGGGGAUGGGGAUGUGGGUGGGGAUGUGGCGAGUGGCGUGCAUGGCAAUGGCGUGGAUGUGGGGCAUAGGCUGAACGGCAAUCAGCUGCUGCGUGGCCGUGUUACCCGUGAUACCCGUGAUGCCAAUGGCACGGAGCAUGAUUUGAGCGGCAAUGGGGGGUAUCCAGGCGUGCUGCCAUUGCCUCAGGUAGAACAAGGGGAUAGCGACCUCAUGAGCGGUCUGUCUCCAGCUGCUGCUACUGCCGGCGUGUCUGCUACGGCCUUUGCAGCCAUGCAUGCCGAUAGCCCUGCGUCUAUCUCCUCCUUCUUCGCUCCGUCUGCUGCUAGCUUGGCGUCUGAUCCUGCUGCUACCGCCGCUGCUUCUGCCGCUGCUCCCGCCCAUUCCGCCCCUGUCGCACCGCCAGUCCCGGCAGCCUGCCUAACCUACCCCAUCACAGCCUCGGCACUGGAGAGUUUGGCUCGGCACUGUCCGAACCUAGAGGAGCUGUGCCUCGUGCCGUCCUUCUUCGUGCACAACAGCGGCCCGGCUGUAGAGGCCCUUGCUGCGGGGUGCAAGUCGCUGAGAGUGCUCCGGCUCACUCGCUUCCUGGGGCUCAGUAGAGGGCUGCUGAGUGAUGGGAGUGAUGGGGAGGGGGGAAAGGUGGUGGCACUGAUGCAAGGGCUGGGGCAGCAGCAGGAGCAGCAGGAGCAGCAGGAGCAGCAGCAGGAGCAGCAGGAGGAGGAGGAGGUUGAACAAGGAGUGCAGCUGCAGAACAUGCUGGUGCUGGGCGGAUGUGGCUCGGUCCCCCCUUCUGCCCCAUUUGCCGAUGAAACCCUGACCUCGCCCCUGAUGGCGGAUGGUGCCAGGCUGGAGGAUUGGAUGCUGUGGGAUAGCGCCCCUUCGUUGCCACCUCCCACCUUGGACGGCUGCAGCAGCAGCAGCUGGGAUGUGGACGAUGCUCUUCUCGCGGACUGGCAGCAGUGGCAGCAGGUGCAGCAGGUGCAGCAGGUGCAGGACGAGGGUCAGGAGGUGCAGAACGAGGGUCAGGACCCACUUGUAGCAGCAGCUGCGAGCAUCGAGACCAACAGUUUCGCCCCCUGCCUCACCGGCCUCCCGUGUGCCAGCACCACUGGCAGCGUCGAGACCAACAGCAGUGGCUGCACCAGCAUCGCAGGCUCUCCUCGUUCUCUUCGUUCCCCCCCCGUGCAGCCUCCACCUGCUCCUCCAGUCCUCCCGCCCCUCGCUCAGUUCCCCGCCCUGGAAGAGCUGGAGCUGCAGAUGUGCUCGGACAUGGCAGACAGCGACAUGCAGGCCAUCCUGGACGGCUGCCCCCAGCUGCGACGUCUCGAGGUGGUGGCCAACCACCGGCUGUCCGCUCGGGCAUUUGCUCUGGGCUGUGCCGUGUGCAGUACGGGUUUGUUGCAAUGCGAGGCGGCUGCUGCUGGUGGGAGCUGCAGGGCACGAGGGAAGCUGGUGGAAAGCGUGCGAGUCAUGCAGUGUGACAAUGUGGACUCUCACGCCCUGCUGCAUGCGCUGAUGCCAGCGCGCUCAGCCCUCAAGGGCAUUCAGAUGACCGCCUCCUGGAGCCACAGCAGCCCUGCCCUGCCCCUCGCCUGCUUCUCGGCUCUCGAGUCGCUCUGCCUGGAAGUCUCUGUGGACUCCUCGCUUGCCCCUCUGCUCAGUGCUGGCUUGGCCUCCUGCCCCAGCCUCAAGUUCUUCUUUCUCUCUCUCUACGGCUCACUAGAAGACGACACUCUUCCCCUCCCACCGCACGACUACUCCCUCGCAUUCCUCGCCCAGCCGCCCGCUCUCACCUACCUCUUCCUCUCCCUCGAGGGCAUCCAGUGCUCCAGCGCAUCAGCCAUGGCUUCUCUCGAGCUCGCCCUGCUGGCCUCCUGCCCCUCGCUCCCCAUCCAAGAGAUUGAAUUCCGCCCCGCUCCCUGCCCUGUAGCCUCCCCUCCGCUCUGCCUGGACGUGCUCUCGCCUGACGCCGCUCGGCUGCUCUCGCUGUCGCCGUGUCUGCGGCGUGUGACUCUAGGGGGCGUGGUGCAAGAGCCGGCGCUGGUGAAGCUGCUGAGAAGCCGCACGCUGAGGGAUGUGGUGUUUCUGAUGCCGCCCGACUGCUCUGACACGUUCAGGAGUUUUUUCGAGUCGGUGCUCAAGUCGAGGGGGUACUCGGAUCAGCCGAAGAGGAGUGGGACGCAGUGUGCUCCGGAUGCCUGUGUCAGGAAGGGGUGUGCUGCUGAGGUUUGAUGUUAUGGUUGUAGUGGAUUUGUGUUGACGUACUCUAUAUUCGAGUCACAGACCAUCCAAUCUUGACAGUAGCCAAACUUUACAUACAUCAUGGCCUUCUCAUGUCUGCUGUUCAUGUAGUAGAAUCUAGGGCUUAACUGAGGGUGGCAACUGUUAGAUGUGUUCCUUUAGAUGUGUUGAUCUAACUCAGCAUGUGACAUGUUUUCCAUGCCAUUGUCUCGGUGUACGCCUGUUUUACAAUA